CUAAAUUCUUGUAUUAAAAAUCCCAUAAUUUAGCAAAGGGCUUUGCUUAUGUUUACUUCUGACAUGUCUGUGGAAGCACCCGCUCUUGCCAAAGUCAAACCCGGUUUUCUCCCAUCAAACAGCCCGUUCAAUAUCUCGGCGGCCGUUUCACCACCGGUCAUCCAUUUCCACAGAACCGCAAGCUUUCCUCUACCGUUUUUUUCCCACCGAAAUACUAUUCUCCGUUCGGGAGGUGAAAUUCCGGCGGUUUUGGAUAAGAAUGAGUGUGCUGUGACUGAGCAAACUGACACGCCGGUGAGAAUAGUGGCCGUCGUCGGUGAGGGCUCCGUCAGCCCCCUGAAAUACGCCACCUGGCAAGAGGUCAUGCUCCACACUGCAAGGAGACUGAAAUGGGUUGAUGAAGGAUAUGAAAUGGCUGUGUUCAUAGACAAUCUCAGGCAUUCUUCUGAUCAAACAGUAGUCAAUCUGCAAGAGGAAUUGAAGCAUGCAGACAUUUUGUUGAUUGUUGCUGUUACUGAUCAAGAGUCUGUGAAGUGGAUUCGGAGAAACAGCCAAAAUGUCCCGAAUAUAAUUAGCUUUGACUCCUCUUUGGAUUUAACAAAUAAACUGGGGGGAACAUAUGUCCAUGCUGAAACAAAAGGGACAAUAUUUGACAAAAUUGUUGGGGUUGCACAGCCAAAAAGAGUGAAUGAAUCAGUGAAACUUAUCCAAACUGUAUCCGAGGCGUGGGAUCGACACAAUUCUGAUGAUAUAAAGUUCUGUUUAUUGGUUAUAAUCAACGCUUAUAUAAAGCCAGUGCCAACACUUCGGAACUUGAGAUCAAAGGGUUUUUCGACUCUUAACUGCAUGGUAAAGAAUUGUGGACCUCAGAUACUAAACUGUCUUUUGGAUCCUAAUUGUAGGAAGGCUCUUCAGUGUUUGAAUCAGUGCAGUCCAGUGGAUCAGGUGUGUAAUUAUAGGUGUAUUGCUUCAUAUGAAAGUCCAAACCUGGAAGCAUUCUCUCUUUGUGUAUUACAGAAGAACAAUUGCCUGGAAUUGGAUGCAAUGAUCCCUGAAAAACCUUAUGUGCCUCCAAUGGCCAAGUUUCGAGGAAAAGACUUGUCCCAUGAAACUGCUGAAGAUCUUUUUGUUGGCUGGUUGGGGAGUUUGGAUUGGAGUUGGCGUGUCGUGGCUGGGCAAAACCCGGCCUAUGACCAAUUCCCUUGCCAGUACCAGCUAUUUUAUAGGGGAAAGGCUAAAGGGUCAUUCUGGUAUGAGCCUGUUUUUCAGGUAAGAACUCUAGAGGGGCAAAUGGUUUGGAGGAGACGGAAGUAUCGGGUUAAGAGAGACAAGAUUCCAGGGACAUUUUACUUCACUGUCUUGGACAAUGGGGUUGUUUCCAAAGAGUUUUGGACAAUUGUUGAUGUAUCUGAUGAUUUCAGUUGGGGAUUGUUUCAUUAUCAUGGUGCUGCGAGAGUUGCUGGGCAGUCUUAUACUGGAGCGGUGCUUGUUGGUCCGAAUGGGGCUUACCCAGGUGAGACACAGAGAAGUAGAUUGGUUACUGCUUUGGACAGGUGUGGAAUUAAAGAAUGGGAACUAUUUACAGUUGACAAUUCCUCAUGCCGGGAUCCUCCAUUAGGAGUUCCAGAGGGUUCAAGUUUGCAUUCGACAAUUGAUGUCAAAGACCAGAAUUGGUCCUGUGUUUAGCAAUAUAUGGCAAUAAGGCAAUAAGUUACACUCUGUCUUAAUGGUCCCCUGGAUCCGGCAUGAACAGGAAGAUCAGCAGAUUGAGGAUUAUGCAUUCAUUUUCCAUUUAAAGGUCAGCCAAAUUUGAAAGCCUCUUUGAUGGCAAUUUACACUCAAUAGGUAUUUUCUCUUUGAUAGUAAGCUUUUAUAGUCAGAUAUUGUGCCAUAAGUGAUUGAGUGAAUUAAAUGUAAUGCAUAAUUCUCUAUGGUUCAUAUAAAUAAACUUGAUUAAUCCAACUGCUGAAAAAUAUUUUUUCUUGCUUAGAAUGAAUAAGAUGACAUAUAGUGCCUAUGAUUAAA